AUGUAUAUGUUGUGUGUUUUAGGACUAUUCCCGGGGUCAUGUUGCAAGGAUAAUGCUAGUAAAGUGGAUGGCAGGUGCAUUGAAAGCAAUACCUGGGAUAAGGGCUGCACUAAAGCCCUAAUCGACUACAUGAAGCUAUAUCUCGGAAGUUUAGGCUAUAUAGCCAUCGGUGUGGCUGUGGUGGAGAUCCUGAUCGUCAUAUCUGCCUGUUGUCUGUCCCGUGAGAUCAACAAUAAAUACGCCACGUAUUCCAACCCCAAGGCCCGGGCCUAA